UUCAUUCAUCGUCAUAUUUUUCUUGUAUAUUGGGUUGUUUUUGUGUCGCUAAUCUCAAUUAAACAUAAUUGGAAUAGCAAUUAUGUCCCAGUGUAACAGCAGUUACUGAAUUCCCUGGAAACAACUGUACAUAGUUAUGUGAAAACGUAAAGUUUAAUGGGCCGACCUUGCAUAAAUGAACAUACGUAUUUUGGUUGGCAUGUGAAACAAAAAGUGAAUUCUUGUGUUUAUCGAGUGCUCGGAGUGGUUAACUAUUAGUGUUAUAAGUUAUAGACCUUGAUGGAUAUCGCGAAGGACUAAUUCGCCAGUAUUAUGUAUACAUUUGCGUGUGGUAAAGACCACCUGGAGAUCAGGCUUGUGUCAGAAGUAUGUUCACGACGACAGGGAUGGUAGCAGCGCCCCAGCAGGCGACUGGUCAGGUCGCACAGAAUGGGAGUACUACGUUGCCUCGCUCGCAUCAUCAGAGAACAGGGAGGCCACCCGCAGCACCCAAAUCUUAUGACUACCUUCUAAAAGUGCUCCUAGUCGGGGACUCUGAUGUGGGCAAGCAGGAAAUACUACAGGACCUAGAGGAUGGCUCAGCAGAUUCCCCUUUUUGUAGUGGCAGUGCAUACAAAACGACAACGAUCCUCCUCGACGGCAAGCGAGUGAAGCUACAGCUAUGGGACACGUCGGGCCAGGGCCGGUUCUGCACGAUCAUCCGGUCCUACUCGAGAGGCGCGCAAGGCAUCCUACUUGUGUACGACAUCACCAACAAGUGGUCCUUCGACAGUAUUGACCGGUGGCUGGAGGAAGUCGAAAGGCACGCGCCCGGCGUGCCCAAAGUGCUAGUCGGCAACCGGCUACACCUCGCGUUCAAGCGGCAAGUGCAAGAGCGGGACGCCGAGAUGUACGCCGCCAAGAACCACAUGGCGUUCUUCGAAGUGAGCCCGCUGUGUGACUUCAACAUUCGCGAGAGCUUCUGUGAGCUGUCGCGGAUGGCGCUACAUCGGAACGGCAUGGAAAGACUCUGGAGGAGCAAUAAAGUACUAAGCCUCCAAGAGCUAUGCUGCCGCGCGAUAGUAGCGCGCACAUCCGUAUACGGACUAGAACGCCUCCCGCUGCCCACAGCGCUCAAGUCCCACCUCAAGUCGUACGCGAUCUCCGCGGCGCCCAGCCGGCUGCGCGCGCGCCCCUCCAAGCACAACCAGCGGCUCAACUGCACCGGCCGCAACUCCUGCUCCAUCGCCUGAGGGUGAUCUAGGUUAGCGGCAGCUCUAGUUUACCCCGACCUCUUGACUACUUAGCCCCCAUUUCUCUGACAUACACACACAAACAUAAUAAAUAAUAUUUAAUUAAUAACCGGUUGUAGGUACUCACGUUAUUAUAUCACGUUUCGGGUCAUUUAGGAGGCCCGUCUUCAGGCAUAUAGGAGUGCUCGCGGCGGCUACACUCCGUGCACUGAAUGUCGCAACAGUCGCGAUAUAAUAACGUGAGUACAAACGGUUAUUAAUUAAAUAUUUGAAUAUGUCUCAUAAAAGUUUAACGUCUAGAAUAAAUAAUAGUAGAAAGGACAUUAGGAAACCAAACUAUCCCUUUGGACUAUUUAGGGUUGUCAAAACCAAACGGUAUUAGGUGAACAGGCACCUUCCGGGCGAGCUCCAUCUUAUGCCACGUCUUCGCCUCGGCUAGUCCGUGGCCAUGGUAGUAUAGUGAGCCCAUUUAUUAUAAUAAUAAAAAAGUAGUACUUAUAGCUUUACCUAUAGAAGCAUACGCAAAGAAACAGUUGUACCAACCCCAAUUAUUGCUACAUAGUAUUGCGAGCCUAAUGGAGCCGGAAUGGUCCUAUCGGGACAGUGUCCGACCAUUGCUGUGACUGCUUGUCUAUUUAAGAUGUUUGUCUUAUAACCGUGAAUCAUUCAAAACUCUUAUUUAAGAUCAUCCAAUAUGCAAUGUAUUAACGCUGCGUAUUGACAUGCGACACGUGAGUAACACGGCCUAUGAGUAACAAUUUAAAAGACAAAUUUGACAAAUACUUCUGUUUAGCGCAAACAGAUAGAUAAGUUAUAGUUCUAAAAUUAAAUUCUACUCGACGUAAUCAAAAUGUUAACUCGUUUGGUAAACGGAACUCUAAGAAAAAGUGAGUAAUUACCUACGUCAGUUUUUAUCGUUUUGUGUUUACGAAUGCUGUGCAUAGUUUCUUUACCUACGUUUCUCUUGUUUGUCGCGAUUCAACAAUGUCUAAAUGCAAUCUUGUAUCAUACAAUUGAGUUGUUACAUAAAGUGAGGCUUGUCUUGUGUUAUUGAAUCUCUACAAUGUUGACGAUGUUUGCUCCAAAUUUUAAAACAGCCUUGGUAUGUGUAAUUUAUUUUAAAAAAAGUUUGAAUUUAAAUAGUUCGAUUUGUUGCCAAGAGGUCUGGGGGGUUUAGCUCUAGUUGAAGAAAAUUUCGUAUAAUUUGAAAUAAAUUAUUGUUAAUCCCAAUAUUAAGUCACGAUUAGGACUUUUUCCUGUAUCACUCAUAGGGAUAUAUAAAACUGCUCGUCAAAAUACCAUAUUUUUAAAUGAAACUUUCCUAACUGCCAACAAUUUAAUAAUAAACAUUUAUCAUUAAUAACGUAAAUUUAAACAUCACAGUAAUUAUUCCGAAUGUAUUUGAUAGUAUUAACGCCCUAAUAGUAUAGUCGAUGAUCCUAACACAACAUGCAGGCUGUACUGACAACGGAUUUGUGACUAGUUGUAGAUUAGAUUAAGGUAUUGUUACUUAAAUGAUCAUAAUGUGAAUAUAGGUAUAUAAAUAUAUGUGAAUAUAUUGUACGGCAUCUGUUCUAUGCCUCCCGCGGAAGCAUGGAAUCCCUGUUAGACAUAUAAAUCAGGCCCCGUAGCCGAAUGGCAUUUCUCCGACGCGAAACGAAAACGAAACGCUGCGAAAGGUUAGUCUGACUUUGUCACGCCAAUACACAAGAGCGAUAGAGAUAGAUAUCUACUAGCGUUUCGUUUCGUGAGCGUUUCGUGAGCGUUUGUGCCAUUUGGCUACGCACCCAGUUCUGUUGGAUUUAGUGCCAUCAAUUGUCCAUUUUCAGCAUAUUUAUGUCCUAAUCCUAACUAUACUAAAACAUCAACUAACAUUACCUACCAAUUGGCAACACCACAACUUGCCUUGUCGCGCGCGAGUCCAUACAUCAAGCGCGACUUCAAGUAUGGACUCGCGCGCGACAAGGCAAGUUGUGCUAGAGGGCCAGAACUCAAGUGAACGUGCUAGCAUACGUUGCGUUCUAGCGCGACUUCAAGUACGGUCAACCACCCCUUACCACUUAAAACACAAGGGGCGACUUUGAAAAUGUUCUAUGGUAGAUUUACAAGAAUAUUUUUUAAUCUAACUGUCAGUAAAUAAUGAAUAAUGUUAAUUUUAAAGCCGUUGAAAUACCAUCAAAGUAACCUCAAAAUUUCCUAAAGCCGCCCCGGUUGACGGUACGGAUUUGACCAAAAACGCCUCUUAUGCCGGUCUGAAUGUGCCUGUACUUUAUUCUCUAAUAAUUUACUUCGCUUGCGCAUAGCUCCUUUGCAUUGCUCUCCUGUAAUAGAGGAAACCGUCGUAUUACUCGGAAAAGUUACGUACUUAUACUGAAAGGAAGAAUUAGUUACUUUGUACUGUCAUUUUCUGUAUUAACUUGUCCCUACCUAUAGUAUACUGUACCAACUGUUCUGCAUUCAUAAGUUCGUAACGGGGUUAUUUCACUUUCGGGGUAUUUUCGAAAUAUAACAAAAACAUGUUUUGAAAGUAUUGCCAUACCAUUAUAUCAUUAGUAUCCCACUUCUGAACUUCGCUAGUCCAGAAGUGGGAUAGUCAAACGAGGUUCCCUAUUAGGUAUAAUUACAACCAGUUAAAUUGGCCUUUUUGAAAUCCCCACCCCCACAAUUCAAAUUCGAAGUUAUCAUAAAACUAACUUUAUAACCUAAAUAGUUAAAUCAAAAUAUCGCCGUUUUCCUGCAGGUUGUCGUUGAUCUUUAUUUAUAUCCUUUAUUUUCUGAAUCUAAAAGUUAACGUAAACUCCAACCACUAGAGUACAAUGUCCUUAUUUUUAUAACCAUUUUGUGUAUCAUCGUGGGCUAUCGUUAUAAUUAAAGUCACUUAUUGUCCACUAUGCAUAAGUAGAUUUAAGGUCACAUAUAUUAUUAUGUAAACAUUUGUAAAUAUUUAACUAUUCGAGGAAUUCAUUGUAUACCAAAAGUUCAAUCUAAAUUCCACCAACAUAUGUCGGCUAUUUUCAGAAAACUUAUUUACCAUGUUAGGGUCUUAUUAUUUAGGAGGUUAAUCAAUUUGUCGCAUAAUAAAAUGUUUCAUUUUGCUGUAUAUUGUCUAGAUAGCUUGUUUCCAAAACGUUGCAACCCCGAACUCAGUCAUAUAAGUCCACGUAUUAUAAAGUGGGGUUACUUGGGAUUAGGACUGCGGGGUAAUAUUGUCGAAGGCGAUAUCUCCCUUCGGUCGUGUUUUAAUUUAUCGCCACUCGUGUAGAAUUUCCUUUUUACCGCACUCGUAAUGUCAUCAAUAUAAAGCUGAUCUGACAUUAUUUUGGGGUUCGCACUUUGGAAAUAAGCAAAAAUAAAUGGUUGUGUAUCUUUCAGUAUGUGACAGUAAAUAGUUUUUGCAUUUAAAUGUUCAUGUCGAGCACAGCACAUAGCUACAAACCCAAUAACAAGUUGGAAGUGUGUCAAUCAAUACAUUUGGUUCUCCGUCCCUAAAAAACCGAACCAUUCAUUACUAAGUAACCUUUGACCUAAAUUCACCUUGUUAUAUUGACACCUAAACGAAAAAAAUAUGAUCAUAUAUCAUCCCAUUUCGAUAUUUCAGGCCAUGAUAUAAGUAUCAGGAUAAUAAUCCGGUCGAUAUUUUAGUUGAUUGAUUUCGCUGGCCACACACAUCUCCACGGGUAAACAAGUGGCCAACCGCCAAACUUUCGCCAGCAUAUCUCCCGAUAAAGAUGUAUGUAAGAAAUAACAAUCAUUAACGCUAGGACUCCGAACGAAACUCAGUCUGGUCAGUCUGUCGCGCGUCGUGCAUAGAAGUCGUGUAUAGAAGAGCGACAGAGAUACUACAGCUACGAUAACGAUAAUUAUUGUCGUAAGCGUUUAUACAUUUGUCUCCACACCCUGUAUAGAUAGAACGAGAUAACUACGGAGCGUGAACGAUUGGCCACAUCAGCCACAUAAAAAAAUAUUUACGCACUCUUACUAUACAUCUUUGUCGUUAGAGAAUUGUUCUGAAAAUACAUGUUUUCGAAAAUGCAUGGUUUUUUCGCUGUGUCUAAACACAGCCCCAAGUAUAUACGUUUCUAAACUAUUGUAACUACUUAACACUUGUUGCAUGAUCCUGCUACCGAAAGUUGUGCCAAGUGCAGUAAGCCAAGGAAUACAGCCCUUGGGAGACAGAAAUUUAAACGUCGUUAACGUAUAUUUUGCAUGAAAAAUAUUUAUUGAUCGAAAAGAAAAGUAACCAAAAAGAAUGGAAAUAAAACUCGAUAUAUGUUGGCCAGCUUUCGGUAGGUAUAUUUUUUAAAGUUGUGACAAGUCCAAAGCGACGAAUUUGUAAAUUAUUUUUGCUAAAUUAUUAACUGUUGACGAAAAUAACUAACUUUUGUAAAUAUUGUUUCGACAUAUUAUGAGUUAUUUUCAUUUUUCACUUGUGAUUGAUUUAGUUGAUAAACUUAAUCCAAAUACAUACACUAAUGCCAGCUAAAAGUUUGGGUUAGAUUGAUGCAGUCACUAUCACUACUAUUGUAAGUUGUGAAAUAAAUUUAAUUUAUAAUAAUUA